AAAAGUGGGAAGGGACGAUCUUCCUUCCUCACCGAAUAAGCCGAGCGGCGAAAUGUCAGAGGAGAAGAGACAAGCCCUCUCUUCAAUUCGUAACCGGUAUUCGGAACUCCAUUAAAAAUGCUGCAGCUCGAGAACAACAAGGAAAAGCCGGUGUCUCAGGGAUUGGUUGAUUCUAUUCUAGGUCUCGGAUGGAAUAAUCCGUUAUCGUUUGCUCCACCGAAAGGAACCAAGGCGAGCUAUUGAUCGUUCCCAAAAGGCGAGAGAAAGAAAAUCGGGCGGACCGUUUGCUCGCUGCUACAACAUGGCCCCGCGCUGCUGAGGUCUCGAGGAGUUUAGUGUGGGCCUCCAGCAAUUCUCGCGCUUCCUAGUACUUUUUCGAAGGGGGAACGGAUGUAUUCACCUAGAAUAUCGUACCUCCAUAGAUUAGUUUUAGAUGCAGUCGAGAAUAGAGGUAGCGCCAGCCAUGUCCCGCGAAGCCUACGGCAGCAGCAGUGUUAGCCAGAGGUCACCCAAACCAUCCAGACGGACCGACAUCAACCGCGAACCUGCAUCCUCCUCCUCCAAGUACUAUCCCUCCUCCAUUUCCCAGCCUGUAUCCGGACGGGCCAGUCCAUCCCGUGGACCACCCCCGGAAAGUUCCCUUCCCAUCGGUCGCAGGAGUAGCAGACACGGGUACGGUGCUAGUCGUUCCGGCAACGCCAGUCCUUUGACUUUACCCACGGACGGACCAGUUCCCCACUCGACGAGUGCAUACAACGUCGGGCACUACUACAACAACGAGGAACUGGCUGGAAGUCCGACCAUGGACGGAAGGGCCACUGGUGGUCCGACAUCGGGCCAUCAUCGGAGCCGAUCUGCUACUCGCGUGCCACUACGAAAUUAUCACUCGCUGGAGAGGGACCAGGACAGGGAGUUUGUGCCCAUUCGAGAUCCAAGAGACAGAUCCUUGGAUCGCCAUCCUAGAAGCAGGGAGCGGUCGAUGGACCGCACUGGGUACAGGGACGAGUAUGCUUACAGGGACAUAGAGGGACCUAUGGACUCAGACCCGUACAGGGACACGAGCCAUUCGAUGUCCAGGUCCGCUUAUGGUGAUUCCACCAGGCAUGGGUACAGCAGUAGGUCCGCCGGUGGUGGCGAUAGUUUCGUGAUGGAGCUGCAAACCAGACUGAAUGAUCUCCAAAACCAGUACAGCAAUCUGAAAAGGGAACUUGAGGCGACCACACAGAAACUGGGCUCCAGCAUGCACAGCAUCAAGACCUUCUGGAGCCCAGAGUUGAAGAAGGAGAGAGCCUUAAGGAAAGAGGAAGCCGCCAAAUAUGCGUUAAUUAAUGAUCAGAUGAAGAUUCUCAGAUCUGAAAAUCAGAAACAAGCCGCCCUGAUUCGUCAGCUAGAGGAAGAACUGAGGCUGGCCCACAUGAGGAAUCCGGACGCCGAGGUACAGCAGCAUCUCGAAGCUCUGUACAACGAGAAGGAACACAUGACCAAGGAGAUAUUUCUUCUUAGGGAAACUAUUAAGGAAUUAGAGCUUAGAAUCGAAACUCAGAAGCAGACUUUGGCUGCACGUGAUGAGAGCAUAAAAAAGCUGAUGGAAAUAAAGGGAGUAGGUGGACAGGAAGACAGGUUAGAAGUAGAAAGAUUAAAAAGCAAACUCAUAGAAACUGAAGCAAGAUAUAGGCAUUUGGAAUCUAUGUACGAAUCGAGAGAUAAAGAUCUUAAUAAAGACUCUAGAAUCAAGGUUUUAGAAGAAGAAAUUGAACUUCUUGAAUCAAAAAUUUCAAAACAGCAUUUCAUAUUGAUCAACGGUGCAUGCGAAAAUAACGGAAACGUUGCUGUUAAACCAAAUAAUGAUACUGAAAAGAAGGAAUUACUGUCAAAGAUGGAGGAACUAAGGAUAGAAUUGAAUAGAAGAGAUCAAGAAAUAGUAGCAAUGAAUGCUAAGAUGAAAACUUUAGAGGAACAGCACCAUGAUUACCAGAGGCAUAUUGCUGUGCUAAAAGAAUCACUUUGUGCCAAAGAAGAACAUUACAAUAUGUUACAAGCUGAUGUCGAAGAGCUGAGAGUUCGUCUCGAAGAAAAAAAUAAGCUCAUCGAAAAGAAGACUCAGCAGACUAUGACUUCUAGUCAAGAAAAGAACCGUUUAAUGCAAGAAGUUCAAGAACUCAGGGACCAUAUGGAAAUCAAGGACAGGAAAAUUAAUGUUCUUCAGAGGAAGAUUGAAAAUCUUGAGGACCUUUUGAAGGAAAAGGACAACCAGGUGGACAUGGCUCGAGCGCGCCUGACAGCAAUGCAAGCCCAUCACUCCUCUUCUGAAGGUGCACUUUCAAGUUUAGAAGAAGCGAUAGGGGACAAGGACAAGCAAAUAUCGCAGCUGAGGGAGCAACGGGACCGGGCAGAGCAGGAGAGGAACGAAGAGAGGGAGCUGCACGAACGGGAGAUCGCCGAAUACAAGAUGAAGAUGCACGCCCUGGAAAACGACAUGGAGAAGCUACAGGUGAGACUGGAAAAAGCUGCUGCCGAGAAAGACAGGAUCGAGGUGAAACUUGAGAAUUCCCAAUCCGAGUUGGGUCAGGCUAGGGCCGAACUCGAAAAGAUGCAAUCUGAAAUGAUGAAGCUUCAAAGUGAAAGUGACCGAAGUCGCAGCGAGUUUGCUAGACUUGCCCUGGAAAAUGAGAGAAUGCGAGAGCAGUCUGGACGUUUGAAAUCCGAUCUUGACAGGUCCCAGACCACGUUCGGCAAGUCCUCUAUGUACCAGUUGGACGAUUACGAGCGACUCCAAGAUCGGCUGGAGAAAGCACAAACUGAGCUUCGCAGAGUUCAAGCAGAAUAUCGAAUGCAUCAGGCUGAACAGGACCGUGCGCGAGGGGAGGUAGAGCAGCUGCAGGAGAAAAUUGAACGUUCCCAGGGGGAGAUUUAUCGUCUGAAAGCUAAACUAGAGAAUGCCCAGGCAGACAAAGAGAGCAUACAGGAGGAGUAUGAUCGAGUACAGUCAACAGUAGCGCGCUCCCAGAGCGAGCGAGACGCCGCUUUGGCAGAAGCAGAAAAGUUGCGCGCUGAACUGGAUCGUAUACAAAAUCUGCUGACUAAGAGUCAGAGUCAGCAUGAGAAAACGCAGGCAGCCCUCGACAAAGCCCAACUGGAAACCGAUCGCAUCCAAGAGAAGCUGGAUAAAGCUACUGCGGAAGCACGACGAAUGCAGCUGGAGAGAGAACGAGCUCAGUCCGAACUGGAGAACAUGCAGACCCAGCUGAGCCAAGCCCAGAUGAGUACCUUGAAAUUCCAAAAGGAGAAAGAAAUGAUCGAAUUGGAAGCAGAAAAAUCGCAGGAAAAAUAUGAGAAGACAUUGGCAUCGUUCCAACGACUUCAGAAGGAAAAAGACGCGAUGAGUACUGAGAUGGAAAAACUUCGAGAAAAGACUGAUCUGGAAAACGUUGAAAAGUUACAGUCUCAACUGCAGAAAGCGCAAGAAGAACGUGAUUCGGCUAAGAGGGAAUAUGAAAAACUAUUGGAAAAAUCAGAAAAGUCUCAUUCGGAAAUUUAUAAGUUACAGGCUAAAUUAGACCAGGUGCAGACAGAUAUGGAAAAAACAAAUUUGGAAUUAGAAAAGUUACAACUUUCUUCUGGGAAAACUAAAGAAGAGUAUAAGUCCGCUGUAGAUGAAUUGGAAAAGCUUCGGGAGAUGCAUUCCAGAACAUCAGCACAACUCACUAUAUCGAAGGAAAACGAAGAAAAAUUGCGAGUAGAUUUUGAACGGUGCCAGAUGGAAUUGAAUGUCAUGCGAGAACAAUACGAUAAGUCCCAAGAGGCGUUACGGAAAGCGCAAACGCAGUUGGAUAAAAUGCAUUCCGAAAUGGAAAGUCUUAGGAAUGAAUUGAAUCGCGUUCAAGCACAAGUAGGUAAAACGCAGACUAAUCAUGAGAAAUCCCAAGAACAAUUGUCCAAAUCGCAAAGCGAAAUACAAAAGUUCAAAGAACAAGUAGAACGGUUACAAUCGGAAUUAAAUCGGGUUCAUACCGAAAAGGACAGGCUGUUUACCGAAAAUGCUAGUCUUAAAUCCGAAAUCGAAAGGUACCAAAGUCAGAUGCUGAAACAUCAUACAACUCAGGAAAAAGCUAUGGCAGAGAUCGAAAGUUUGCGCGAAGAACUCGAGAAAUUCAAAGAGAAACACGAAAAAUUGCAGACUGAAUUAGAGAAGAGCAACAGAGAGAAGGAAAAAUCUGCUCUCGAGUGCCUGAAACUUCAAACUGAGACGGAGAAACUGGCUAAUGAGAAGCAUAUAAUAGAGAGAGAGAAAGAUCACCACUUAGAAGAAAUUUCAAAACUGAACAUUGAAGUAGAUAAGCUUAAAAAUAAGUGUGAACUUUCCAAAGAUGAGCUAAAGAAAUUCCAAGAUCUUAAACAUCAACAUCACAUGGAAAUCGAAAGAAUGAAACAUGAAUUAGAAGUUGCCGAAUUAAAGGCAGAAAGACAUGCAACAUCGGAAGACAGGCAAAAGCAAGAAGUUGAAAAAGUUAAAUUUGAAUUAGAAAAGGUAAAGGACAGAUAUGACAGAAUCCAGGCUGAUUUUAAGAAAGCAAAAGAAGAAAGAGAUGCUUUUGAAACAGAAGCUAAGAAUCACCAGUCUGCUCUCACUCAACUGCGUGCUCAGCUUGAUAGUCUACAAUCCACCCAUCAAGCUUCAGAUAGUGAUCUUCAGAGAGCCAAAGCGGAAACAGAGCGGAUUCGAGCAUUGCUUCACAAGUCUGAAGCUGAAUUACACAAAAGUGUUGCAGAGAACAGCAAACUUCAAAUAGAAAUUACGAAGUUGAAACAAGAGCUUGAAGAGUCUGAACAGUCGUUGGUGAGACAUCGCAAAGACGAAACUUCAAGCAAGGGUGAAUUGGAAAAAUUACAGAGAGAGCUAGAUAGAAUUCGUGACAAACUCGAAAGAUCUCAAGCAGAGGCGCGAAGAAACCUCGAAGAUAAAGACAGGCUGGAAACAAAGUUGCAAGAAACUAUGGGAGAACUGGACCAUCAUCGUUCCGUGAGAGGUAAGACAGAAGAAUACCAGCAGAAAUCUAGAGUUGAGCUAGAUUAUUCUCACAUGGAAUUAAGCAGACUAAAAAGAGAAUUGCAGAGACUGGAACAACAGCUGGAAGAAGCUCUGGCAGAGAACAAAGACUUGCGCAGAGAACUCUCAAAAUCCCUGGAAACAAUAACUAACAUUCAGAGGCAACUGGAAGAUUCACAAAGCGAUCUGAAGAGGGCUGAAGAUCUCAAUCGGAAAUUGAAAUCAGAAGCCAAUUCACAGCGAACGUUCGAAACAGAACUUCUCAAAACCGAAGAAGAGCUCCUGAAUGCUAAUUCUGAAAUAAGGGAUUUGAGAGUAGAAUUGGCGAAAUCGUAUGAAGACGCGGCAACUUUGCAGAAGCAAAUGGAUGACUUGCAGAAAGACAUCAAAAUACUGAUGGAAGAGAAUAAAGUUUUGAGAAGUGAGCAAAUUAAAACACAAAAAGCUGAAAGCGAGCUUGAAAAGAUCGAAGAACAACUUUUCGGUGCAAAUGCCGAGAACAGAGAACUGCGGAUGGAAUUAGCUGAGACCUAUGAAACGGUGUCGAAUCUGCAAAGAAGAUUAGAUGAUCUCGAAAGGGAAUUGAAAGUUGUUGAAGAUCAAAACAUAAAAUUAAAGGCAGACCAAGCUAAGUCUCAAAGAACAGUUGAAAGUGAAUUGAUAAAAGUAGAAGAAGAACUACUGAAUGCUCAGUCUGAAAAGAAAGAGCUCAGGAUGGAGCUGGCAAAAUCCUACGAAACCGUUUCUUCCAUUCAAAAGCAGUUAGAAAGAUAUCAGUCUGAUUUAGCUAAAGCGGAAGAUGAAACUAAGAAGCUGAAACAAGAACUAGAAAAAAGUCAAAAAGCUCAAACGCGGUUAGUUAAAAUUGAAGAAAAGCUAUAUCAGGCAAAUUCCGAAAAUGCUGAUAUAAGAGCUGAGACAAAGAAACUAUAUGAAAAAGUAUCUAAUAUUCAAAAGCAAUUGGAUGAAGCCAAUUCCGAGUUGAAGAAAUCUGAAGAAAGUAAUCGCCUUUUAAGAUUAAAAUUAGACAAGUCUCUAGACAAAGACAAGGAACUGAAAAAGAUAGAAGACCAACUUCAAAGUUUAAAUGCAGAAAACAAAGAACUGAAAGCAGAGAUAUCAUCCUUGUAUGAGAAAGUUUCCAAUUUGAAACUCCAGUUGGAAGAUUCCCAAAAUGAUUCCAUGACUUACGAAGAGAAAAAUCGCAAACUGAGAAGCGAACUGGAAACAUUGAAAGAAAAAAUGGAUGAAGAAAUCAAUAAAGUGACUGAGCAACUAAACAACGCCGGGGCUGAAAAUAAAGAACUCCGAAUGGAACUCGUCAAAACAUACGAAACUAUAUCUAAUGUCCAAAAGCAAAGAGACGAUUUAAAUAUCGAAGUGAAAUCUUUGCAAGAGAAAAAUGAAAGAUACAAGAAAGAUCUCGAUAAAACAGAAAAGAAAGUUGAUGAGUACAGUAAAAUCGAUAUCCAGUUCAGAAAAUUGUCGCAAGAUAAUGAGUCGUUGAAAUCUGAGUUGUCUAAGCUCCAAGAUACACUUUCAUCAACUCAAAGGAAAUAUGAAGACGUUUUGGAUAGAAAGAACAGAGCUGAGCUUUUAAACAAAACACUGAAAGAGGAUCUGGAGAGAUUCGCUAGGCUCGAUGACGAAAAAGACCAACUUAAAGAAAUGUUACUAACAGCACAGGAUGAAAAUGCUGAUAUGCGAAGGGAAAUGAAACGAUCCAAUGAGGCCAUUUCGAAUCUGCAGAAGGAAAUCAAAGCAUUCAGCACUCAGUUGGGGAAAAAAGAAGAAGAGAUCAGGAAUCUGCGAACGAACUCUCAAAAAUCGACGAGAGAAUAUGAGGAUAAAUUAAGUGAGCUUAAGAAAAAACUGGACGAAGCUUUGGCAGAGAAGGAAGUGUUGGAAGAAAAAAUUAAGAGAUUGAAUGAAAAAAUCAGUCAUCUUGAGAAAGAGUUGAGUGAUGAAAAAUACGAGCUAAGCAAAGCACAAGAGCAAACGAAGAAGAUGACAUUUGAACUAGAAAAAGCAGAGAAUAGACUUAAAAGCGAACUUGAGAAAACGGAAUCUUUAUAUGACAUCAAUGAAGAAAAUAAAGCCUUACGCACUGAGCUUUCCAACUGUCAAGAGACAAUUUCCGAUAUUCGCAGGAAAAUGGAUGAUAUGGCUAAUGAAAACAAGAGACUCAAAGAUAUCGAGAAUCAGCAUAAGUCAGCAUCUGAAAAGAUGAAAUCUCUUGAAAAAGAAUUGAAAGACUUGCAGCAGAGAUUUGAAAAAGUGGAGAAUAACAACAAAGAUUUGCAAGGUCAAGUGGUAGAAUACAAACAAGUUGUUGAACAGACGCAGAAACUUUACAUUGAUACACAAACACAACUGAAUGAAGCUUUGGGAGCUUUAAACAAAAAUCAGAAAAUUCUCGCUGAUUCGCAGAAAGAAUUGGAGAAUUCAAAGAAAACUGUAUCCGAAACUGGAAAAAUGUAUCGCGAUGCGCAGAAAGAACUGGCUGAUGUCAAAGAAAAACUAUCGACAUCGGAGAAAAUGUUGCAAGAGGCUAAUUUAGAAUUACAGAAGCUUAAGGAAAGGAACAAGACACUGGAGGAGCAACAAACAAAUACUCAAAAAACUGUUUCUUCUGAGCUUCAAAGAUUAGAGGAAGAACUGCAAAAUUCGAUUUUGGAAAACAAAGAGCUACAGAUGGAGCUCCGAAAGUCAUACGAUGAGAUAUCAGAUAUUAAGAAGCAGUUCGAAACCCUUCAGGCGGACUAUCAGAAAUUGAAAGAUCAAAAUAAGAAAUUAAAGUCGGAUUCUAAGAAUAAGAAAACACUUGAGACUGAAGUGCAGAGGCUAGAAUCGGAAUUACAAACCGAAAAAACAGAAAACCAAAAAUUGAAAUCUGAAUUGAGCGAAUAUCACGAAAAACUGUCAACUUUGCAGAAGAAAAUCGAGAACGUUGCUGUCGAGUUGGAUUUUGCGAAAGAAGAGAACAGGAAUCUGAAGCAGUCACAUCACUCUGCGCAAAGAAAUAUGGAAAAUGAAAUCAAGACCUUAAAAGACACCAUCGAGAACAAGAAUUCCGAAAACAGCGAAAUAAAGAACGAAUUGGCAAAAUCGUACGAAGCUGUCUCCAAUCUUCAGGAGGAGGUCGAAAAGUAUUUGGAAGAACUGAAGAAACUGCGAGAAGACAAUCGAAAAUUGCGAUCUGAGCAUCUGCAUUCGCAGAAGACCGUCGAAAGUGAGUUCCAGAAAUUCGAAGAGCAACUAUACAAAGCCCAGGAUGAGUUGAAAGAUGUUCGAAAAGAGCUAAAAGAAGCACAUAGCACUAUUUCUGAUCUUCAAAAACAGUUAGACACAUCUCAAAACGAAUGUACAAAGUUGAAAGAAGCUAAUAAAAAGUUAAAAUCUGAACAAUCGAAAUCUCAAAAAAGUGCUGAAAGCGAAACUCAAAAAUUGGUUGAAAAGAUCGAAAGCCUUUUCAUAGAAAAUGAGAAAUUAAGCACUGAGGUUAACCAGUAUGCUGAGACGCUUAACAACCUAACAAAGCAAAUGAGUGAAGACCAAAAAGAGAUAGAGAAGCUUAAAAAAGAAAAAGACAAAGCAAAUACCGAACUGGCUAAUGCUAAGAAGGCUAUGGAAGCUGAGUUUAGCAAAGUAGAGAAAAGAAUACAGGUCAGUGACGCCGAAAACAAAGAACUCAAAUCCGAGCUGGCCAAAUCCGGUGAUACGAUCGCAGCAUUCCAAAAAGAACUGGAGGAAUGUCAAAUAGAAUUACAAAAGGUUCGGGAGCAAAACAAACAACUGAAAGCUGAUCAGCAGAAAACGCAGAAGAAUGUCGAUAAGAAUGUUGGUGCAGAAAAAGAAAAAAUGGAAAAAGAAAUUGCAAAGUUGCAGAAGAUGGUUGAAAAGCAGAAAGCUGAUAAUCAAAAAAUUGUUCAAGAAUCGGAGAGCAUGAAAGCUCAGUUAGAAAAAGCUCAGGCCGAAGUUCAAGCGUUUGGAGUGGAAAGGGAAAGGUUUCAAUCGCAAUUAGAAAUGCUUGUUCAAGAAAUCGAACGAAGAGAGCUACAAGGAGCCGAUACAGCUGCUGUAAAGCAGGGUGAAUCGGAGGCACUGCGUAAACAGGUGGAAGAGAAACAGAAAAGAAUCGAAGAUAUGGAAAAAAUGUUGAAGAAGUGUAGGGAUAAAAUAAAACAAAUGGAAGCACAAGUACAGCAGGCAGCGCCAGAUGCGAAGGGUGAGAACCAGAAACGGUUAGCUGCCUUAGAAAAGCUAUGCGAAGAGUUAUCGAAAGAGAAAGAGAAGGCGGAACAAGAAAACAACAAGUUGAAAGAAGAUGCACAACGCUUGCAAGCCGAACUGGAUCGCUUACUGGACGUGAUGACUGUAGUGGAAAAAGAAAAGUUCACUUUGAAUGAACAAAUCAAAGAACUGCAAGAGGCUAUGAAGGACAAAGAUUCCAAAGUACAAGGUGCAAAACGGGGCCAACAAGCUGAAAGAAACAAAAAUGCCCAGAUGUUAGAAGAAGCUAGGAGAAGAGAAUCCGAAGCGACUAAAGAAGCAGCUAAAGCGCAGGAGCAAGUGCUACAGCAGCAAGAGAGGAUAGAGGAAUUAGAGGAGGCUUUGCGGGAGAGUGUUCGAAUCACAGCUCAGAGAGAGGUAGCUGUGGCUCAGAAGCAGUCCUUCAUCGAUGCUGCCAACGUUAAGAUUCGAGACAUGCAAUCAGAACUGAUAGGACUUCAAAAAGGUGUGAAUGCAUGUUGCACGAACUGUCCGCCUUUGAAGGUCAAACUGAAAGAGACAGAAACGAAACUCAAAAUGCUCAUCACCGAGAGAAAGCUUCAUUUAGAACAACUAUUUGAAAUGAAGCAAGAAGCUCUGUCGGCGGCCAUCAGCGAGAAGGAUUCUCAUUUAGCAUUCCUCGAAAUGUCCGGCAUUAAGAAUGCUAAAAUUGCAGAACAGGUCGAUAAAUUAAAAGCGGAGAAAAAGCAACUAGUCGACAAAAUCAAAAUAGAGAAUGAAAACAGAGUUAAGCUUUUAAUGGACCUUGAAGAUUCUGACCUAGACGAGCUCAUAAGUAAAAGUGCCAUUAAAGAUCAAGACACAUCUCAGGAUGCAGAAGAAGAUGGACUCCGAUCUGUAUCAUAACCUUUAAAAGAAAAAGACUGUAACUCUACAUAAAGAUUCUUUUGGACUGGAGUGCUCAGUAGAUUCAGUGUGCUACUAGCCAACCACCUGUUCUCUCUCUGAUCUCGUCUUCCAGAAAGUUCCAUGGCCUUGCUUCCCACUGUCUAGGCUCCACCGCUCUAUCCUCCACAUCACAUCAGAAGCGGUCUCCCCGCGUCUGGCGGGGAAGCUCUUCUUGUAUAAACUGCCAUGAACUACUCUAGUUAAUUAAUUCAUGCUAAAGCGUUGUGCUCUGUUACCACUUGCCACUGGUGCCAUAUUUCAAUGAGAGCUACCAUGACGUUGCUGUGAAAGCAGAGGAAGUUCAAUGCAAACUGCAAUAUUUUAUAUUCUCAAUUGGUAAAUUCUCUAAUGUAUUUUUUUAAUGCAGUGUAUAUUACGAAUAUAUGAUAAACCGUUCACUUGAUUAAAUGCAAGGAUUUUGUUCAAAUUUAUGGUUAUGCUCAGGAUGAUUUUUUUUAAAUUAUGAAACAAAAAUGAGAAUAAAAACAACACAAAAAAAAAAUGAUUAAAAAUUGUAGACAUCAGAAAAUUAUAAUUAUUAUCUUGAUAUUUCUUUGCUAAAAAUAGAUAUUUAUACCCCUAGUUUAGAAGUUUAUGAAACGAUUUGUACAUAUUCAUACAAAUAAUUUAAGAAUUGUAUUACAUAUUUCUAUCUUGAUAAAGAUAUUGAUAAGGAAUGUGACUUUUUCAUCUUUUUUCACGUUUUGUAGCAUUAAAACAACUUUAAAUUCUUUACUAAGUAAUCGAACAGUUAUCUUUAAUUAGUUAGUUAAUUUAAGUUAUUUCUUGCUAAAGACAUUUUUUUUUCUUCCAAUAAAAAAUAUUUAUUUUCCUAGAUAUUCUGUGUAUCUUUUAUAAAAAAUAACAGUCUGAAAAUCUUAAAGUAAUCAAUCCAACGGCAACAUGAACAUUAUUAAAAUACAAUCCAAGUCUGAAAUUUAGUUUCCACAUUGAAAUCGACAAAAUUUUAAUCAAUUUUUUCCCCUCGAGAGUAUCCCUCCCUCUUCAUACUGAAUGACUAAUUUUCCUUAUUAAUUUAACUAUACAAAAUUAAAUAAUUAAAGAUGUUUCCCAAGUCUUAAAAAGUUUUACUUGUUAGUUCUUUCUAAAUCUUUUAAAUUUAUUGCAUUAACAAAACACAAAUAUAUACAUACAAAGAAAGGAUAAACAUAGAUCUUAAAUUCUAACUAUUAACAAAAUGGAAUAUGGAUGUAUCUACGUUUGCAUUCCAUUUGUUAAUGUGGAAUGUUACAUCCCAUAUUAAUACGGAAUGUGGACACAUCUUCAAGUCACAACACUACUAAAUUAUCUAUAAUUCUCACUAGCUCACAGCAGAUGGCGCUCUCUUUGGUUUAAUUUAGUUUAGUUAUAUUAAUGUCCCGUUUUAAAGCCACACUAGGGCUAUUUUGAAAUGGACCUCAUAAUUGGCGCUUUUCUUUGUACACAUGCACAUUUGAUACAUUCUGAAAUUUUUUAUAUCACAUGGAUUAAUAACUUAAAUUUAAAAUUCAAGAUUCUUGAUGUUUUAAGUCACCACAGUUUUGAUCAGAAUUAUAAACUUUGUUCUAAUAAAACUGCUUAGUUCUAACUGAAAAUGGAAGAAAAAGAUUUUUAAAAUAUUCACUUUAUGUUUCACAUUAAUAUGUAUUUCUAAUUGCAGUCUGUAUUUAACUUCCUCAGGUGUUAAUAUUUUUACUUGCUUUAGCAACUCAUGAUGUUCACUAUUUUGCUUUUCUUGAUCUCUGUAUGCGAUAUUUUGCUUAUUGAGUGUGCAAUUUUGUAUUUAAAUUAUUUUGUGUCGCAUCAGUGUUGCAUGAAUGAGGAAAAUAUUUAUUUAUAUCGCACAUAAUUUUUGGCUCUUAUAAUCAUAUCAAGUAAUUAAUUAUCUCUGGAUUUUACACAUUAAAAUUGUUAGAAUUACAAAUAGAAUUCUUGUUCUGAAAGAAUUCUGCAAGUGUGUUUGUGGAGUUUUUUUAAAGAUAUUAUAAACUAGAAUGAAAUUUCUGAAAUUUAUCAACACAGUUCUAUUAUUAAGAGAAAAUAGAAUUUAAAAGAACUGUUCUAAAUUGUAUUAAUAAUUGAAAGAGAAACAAAAAAAAAAAUUUCAUCACAGGAAAUAGAAACUCAUGUUGUUUUUUUCUAAAAUCAGCUAUAAAAUUGUGAUAUUAAUUUUUAAAAAUAUUUAGAAGUACGUUACUACAUAUUUAAAAUGAUUUGUUAAAAUUACCUCUUAAAGUAGUACUUAAAUAUUUUUAUCUGAUUAUGAUUAAAGAUAAAAGAUAACAUAACCCUUUUUUUAUCUUUAAAUCAAGUUUAUCCAUUUUACCCCUAAAAUCUGCAAUAAUUUUUUUAAAUUUCUUUAUAUCUUGACAAUAAUAUAAAUCUUGAAAAUCUGUUUAAAGGUGGGUUUUUUUUUAACAUUUUAAAAUAACUAAUUUAUGAUAAUGUUUAAUUGAAAUGUUUGCUAUUCUAAUAUUUAAUAAUUUGUGGAAUUUUAGUGCCAAGAAAUUAUUUAAUCAUUUUUUUUAAAUUUCAAUAUAUUUUUGAAACUAUAUUUUUAAUGCAAUAAAAUUAAA